ACGAUUCAAGUACAAACCAGAAGUUCUCUACGGUAACAAUAUCAUCUCAUGGCGUUUCUCCUCCCUUCUUCAGCUCUCUCAUUCCACAAACCCCUCAAGAAAUCGCCUCCCCUCUCCUCAAAAUCCCCUCCAAUUCCAAAUCCGCCCAGAUUCAAGAAAUGGGUUUCCGACUUUCAAUCCAAAUCCCUCAAAUUCGCCUUCUCCGGGGCUCUCACUCUCGGAUUAUCUCUCACCGGACUUGGAUCUGCUGAUGCCAAAGUUGGGGUUAACAAGCCAGAAUUGCUCCCAAAAGAGUUUAGUCCAGUUAUUGAUGUAGCUGGCUUCCUCUCUACGGGCCAGGAGAACCGACUUGUCCAAGAGAUUGCUAAUCUUGAGAAGGAUACUGGAUUUAAGCUCAGAGUUCUGGCACAGAAUUAUCCUGACACACCAGGAUUAGCAGUGAGAGAUUUCUGGCAAGUGGAUGAUAGAACUAUUGUUUUUGUCGCGGACCCCACCUUUGGCAAUAUCUUGAACUUCAAUGUUGGAGCUUCAGUUGAUUUAGACAUACCUCGUAGCUUUUGGAGUCGCUUGGCGGGCAAGUAUGGUAAUAUUUUUUAUUGGAAAGAAAAGGGAGAAGAUGCAUCUAUUGAAGCUGCUGUUAUGGCAAUAUCAAAUUGCUUAAGAGAACCUGUGGGCCAAAGUAACUGCUCUGAGGUGAAGUAAAAUCAUUCAGCUUGUAAAAUCAGAAAUGGCUGCAGAAACAGUUCAUAUGAAAAUUUUCAUCACCUUCCAGUGCUAAAGAUCACAUAACAUAGUGAUCGUGGGUCACUUUGGUUGCAUAACCCUUUUGUGAGUACCCUUAUGUGCCCUCAUUGUCCAAUUGUGACUAACAGUGAUUUCUACCAUUUGUAAUUUGAUCCUUUUCUAUAAUGGAUUAAUGAAUCUUCAUACUGAAAAUUUAUUUCUGAUGACAAAUGUCUUCUAGCUAAUAACUGGCAGUUUGUUGAGGCA